AUGGUGAAGACAAGGAAAACUAACGUUGAACAUCAAUCCGAAGAAGAGCCCCAGUCGGGAGCCGAGACGGUAGAGGAGACAAAUCUGACCGAUAUGGUGCGCCAAAUGAAGGAAGAAAUGGCCGCCAUGAAACAACAGCGAGACAGAGAUGCUGCCGAGAUGGCUGCGUUGAGAGAGGAGAACAUUGCCCUCAAAAAUCAAUACCGGAAUCCCACAUGGAAACCCUCUGAAACGACUCACACCCAGGGGUCGUUCCAUUCACUUGGUCAUCACACCUCUGCCCCCCAUACUUCUGUGGCUGCUCCGGCUGUCCAGGCUUCAGCCAGUCGGCCGAUACUGCCGAUACCAGCUGGGGCACACCGGCACCCCUUUACCCCAAACAUCAUGCAGACCGCGCUCCUUGAUCAUUGGAAGUCCUUACCUCUCGACAAGUACGACGGGACCACCGAUCCCGCUGAACACGUAGACGUGUUCUUGACUCAAGUCACGCUGAGCACAACCGAUGAUGCCGCCUUGUGCCGAAUUUUCCCAACAUCGUUAAAAGGACGAGCUCUGAGUUGGUUCACUCGGCUUUCGGCCAACUCGAUUGAUUUUUUCAGUACGUUGGCUUCCCAAUUCACAAUUCAAUUCGCUACCAGUCGGCCUCACCAAUUGACCUCGUUGGCACUAGUAAGCAUUCAUCAGGAAAAGAAGGAAUCCCUUCGGACAUUCAUGAGCCGAUUCAACAAAGCGGCGCUCGAAAUUCGAGACUUAAACCCUGCUGUAGCUCUACACCACCUUACCACUGCCUUGAAGCCAGGGCCUUUUGCCAACAACAUUUGUAAGAAACCCCCUACAGACAUGGAUGAUUUGCGUAGGCGGGCCGACAAGUACAUGCAGAUGGAGGAAUUGGCCGAAUUCCGGAAUCAAGCCCGAGUAGAAGUGUUAGCAAAACCUGACAAGCUGGCCGAUUCGAGUUUUCGGGGUCGACCGAAAAAGUUGGUUCCCCGUGAGAAGCCUCCUCGGGGACCAAGGUACUCACAAUACACGCCCCUCAAUACAAGCAGAUCCGCCGUACUAGAGCAAGCGCUUGCAUCAGACGUGCUGGCAGUCCCGAAACGAGCUUCGACCCCUCCUAGGGUCGACACAACAAAAUCUUGCAGGUACCAUCGCAAUCGGGGGCAUUCGACAGAAGAAUGCGCGGCUUUAAAAGACAAAAUCGAAGAUCUGAUCAAGCAGGGGCAACUGCAUGGCUUCAUAGACCGUUCAAACUCGUCCCGGCACACCGAUCGGUCUCGACGACAUGAUCAACUUGAACAGAGAACAAGAACACACUCAUACAGAGAGCGUAGCCGAUCAAGAGACAAGAGAGAAGACGAGCCUUCGGCACAGCCUCAGUGA